GCGACUGAAGUCACUUAUUGUUACUUUCACUAACUCAGCCGUUAGUCUCUCCAGACCACCUUCCUUCACUGAGUACCAUUCCUAACCCUCAACCACCGCCCACAAGCAAGGAGGCGCCGCCGUACUUUCUUCAAUUGAUUCCGACAACGCCACUCAUUCUUCCACUCUCGGCGCCAGUCUGCACCUCAAAAACUGCACCGAAUGGCUGGAACAACUACAUACUCUCCGUCUUCGACAACCCACAAAAAGAAACCUCCCAUUUCCAAAAUCGACGACGUCGAUUGGGUCCGACCCGAUGGCCGAGGUUUCCAACAAUGUAGACUUGCCUUUUUUAGGACUGGGGCUGUAACUUCUGCUGCAGGAUCUGCUUAUGCAGAGUUUGGGAAUACAAAAGUCAUUGUGUCUGUAUUUGGGCCAAGAGAGAGUAAGAAGGCAAUGAUGUACAGUGAUAUUGGAAGGUUGAACUGUAAUGUGAGCUAUACAACUUUUGCCACCCCAGUCCGUGGACAGGGAUCAGACAACAAGGAGUUUUCUUCAAUGCUUCAUAAGGCUUUGGAAGGUGCUAUCAUUUUGGAAACUUUCCCUAAGACAACUGUCGACGUCUUUGCAUUGGUGUUGGAAUCGGGUGGCAGUGAUUUGCCUGUUGUGAUUUCAUGCGCUAGUGUAGCUCUAGCAGAUGCAGGGAUAAUGAUGUAUGACCUUGUAACUUCAGUUUCAGUGUUUUGCCUCGGAAAGAACCUCAUAAUUGACCCAGUUUUGGAAGAGGAAAGCUCCCAAGAUGGAAGCUUAAUGAUAACGUGUAUGCCCACGCGAUACGAGGUCACUCAGCUAACUAUAACAGGGGAAUGGUCAACCCCAAAAGUUAAUGAGGGAAUGCAGCUAUGCCUGGAUGCUUGCUCAAAGCUUGCGAAGAUUAUGAGAUCAUGCUUGAAAGAAGCUGCAUCCGCUUCCAAUGAAUAGCACAGAAAUUAUAUUUCAUUACAGAUUGUUAUUUUGGUUUCUAUGCAACUCCAUUAAAUUGCAAGUCUGAAGGUGGUGUUUUAGUACAGAAUUAUCACAUGUAAUAUUGGCUGUAUAUAAGAUAUUUUUUGGCUUGUAGCUGAUGAGGAUGAGCAAUACUUUUCUGUCUAUGAAGAAGAACAAUAUAUUGGUGAUUUGAGUUAA